AUGUUGUGCUGUGUGUUGGCCUUGCAUGUACGCUUAGCUUCAGGUACCUUUGCCGCUGAAGAAAGAGCAAGAAACAUAUGGAGUCCUGCAUUGGCUGACUCACACGGCAUAUAUAACGAAAUUAAUUGUAACUCUGCUAUUACAUCUCCAUCGUGGUCAUACUACGACUCCUUACGAGAAAGUAGCAGGUACACAUCAUCCACGUCGCUUGUGAAUCCCGGAAUGAUGCUUGCGAAUUGGGGAGGAUCAGGAGAGUGUUCAUCAAAAGCUCAUUUACAAGAUUCGUUAGCAGUUUAUUCUUGUCCUUCUUUGCCGACUUCCCAAUACAGAAGCGAUGUCAGUAAAGGUUUCUCUGUGCUUGAAGCAAAAAGGCCUCGUAGCAGAAGGUCAAACCAUGCGUAUGCUGGAUUCCGUGAGUACGAGAUGAAUCGGCGACAUAGCUCUCGCAGCCGCUGUAGACGCAGAUCACGCUCUCGUUGUCGAUUGGCAAACUCACGUCACGGAAGCCAAGUAAGCCGCUACGAUGAUCAUGGAAAGGAUAACAGACGUAGCACGCACUCGCGAAUGAAGGAAUUUUACAUAAAAAAUGGACUUGUUGUAAGACGUUAUCAGUACGGAAAAAAUGCUCCAAACUGUUCUAUGCAUAAAGACUCCGAUGUUGUUGAAAACGGAAGUUUGAAAUUCCCAUCACCUCCCCCUCGGAAGAGAUCGAGAUGGGAUGAUCCAGGUAGUGCUGAAUUAUGUACAUCGCAGGCACAACCUGGACCCAGCGGUGCUCUAAUUCCACCAAUGCCUCCAGUACCCCCAAUUUUUGGCAUGACGUAUCCGCCGCCACCUCCGUAUUCAGCGGUGCCAAUGGAAGGCUCCGCAAUUUUUCCUCCGGGCUACUCUCAUCCUCCCUCGGCGACACCGUCUUCGGGUCCUGGUGCACCAGAAGAAAAAGCUUCAACUUCACAUAUUGAAACGCCUCAGGAGUCGCGUCGUGGCAAGAGAAGUAGUAAACCACACAAAAGAAAGAAGAAGAAGCGGAGAAGGUGGAUAUUUUUCGCAAUUACACAAUCGCAUUGA